AGUGGUCGAUAUGCUCUCUUUCUCAGGCGUCAGUUGCUAGCUCUACAAUCAGUUAAUUUGCCUGUCUAAUUUGCUGAAGAGCUUUAAGAAUUAGGGUUUAAAAUAUGGCUACAUUCGGCGCUUCAACUACUAAUGUCAAUCCUAAUCGUUCAGCUGAGGUGGCGUCACCUCCAAGCGAUUCAGUUUCGAGCCUGUGUUUUAGUUCCAAGGCCAAUCACUUGAUCGCUACGUCGUGGGAUAAUCAGGUACGAUGUUGGGAGGUGAUGAUACAAGGAACCAAUAUCACCACUGUUCCUAAGGCUUCGAUAUCACAUGAUCAACCGGUCUUGUGCUCAGCUUGGAAGGAUGAUGGAACAACUGUAUUUUCUGGUGGCUGUGACAAACAAGUCAAGAUGUGGCCAUUAUUAUCUGGUGGACAACCUGUAACUGUAGCCAUGCAUGAUGCUCCUAUUAAAGAGCUUGCUUGGAUCCCAGAAAUGAGUCUCCUAGUCACAGGAAGCUGGGAUAAGACACUUAGGUAUUGGGAUCUGAGACAGCAGAAUCCAACUUGGGUGCAGCAGCUCCCUGAGCGGUGCUAUGCGCUUACUGUUAAACAUCCUCUUAUGGUUGUUGGCACUGCAGAUAGAAAUCUUGUAGUUUUCAACCUGCAGAACCCUCAGACAGAGUUCAAGAGAGUCGUGUCACCAUUGAAGUACCAGACUAGGUGUUUAGCUGCAUUCCCAGAUCAGCAAGGCUUCUUAGUUGGUUCCAUUGAAGGAAGAGUUGGGGUACACCACCUUGAUGAUGCACAAUCAAGUAAAAAUUUUACUUUUAAAUGUCACAGAGAUGGCAAUGACAUUUACUCUGUCAACUCACUGAAUUUUCAUCCCGUACACCAGACAUUUGCCACUGCUGGAUCUGAUGGUGCCUUUAACUUUUGGGACAAAGAUAGCAAACAGAGGCUUAAGGCUAUGCUGAGGUGCAGUCAGCCAAUACCUUGUAGCACAUUCAACCACGAUGGGUCGAUAUAUGCAUACUCGGUUUGUUACGACUGGAGCAAAGGUGCUGAAAAUCACAAUCCGUCAACAGCAAAAACCCAUAUCUACCUACAUCAGCCCCAGGAGGCUGAGGUCAAGGGCAAACCACGGGCUGGAACAAGCGGUCGGAAGUGAAGUUUCUUCCUAUUCUAGAGGAAGAGGAAUGGCAAAAUCUGUACAUGACCAUUUCGCUACGAGAUUUCUCUUCAAAUACUCAAGUCACAAUUGUUGUAUCGAAGUCAUCUACAUUAUGCUGAACUAUUUUGUCAUUCAUUCUGAUAAUGUUGGUUUUAGCAUGUUUUUUGUCUCUACGUACCAGACUAGCCCCAAACAGCCUACAAAAUCUUGAAAAAUAGGGAAAUCUUUUUAGAUCUGAAAUUACUUCUCCGUCUAUCAUUACAAACAACUCUACCAGUAUUGGUUUUAGUCGAUGUCUCUUUUUAUAUUACCAUAUGUAUAUAAGGUUGUGAAUAAUCUACUGCUUUAUUUAUUUAUUCCUUAUUUCAGGAUA